UUAGGUUGCCGGCUGCCCGGGGGAGUGAGAUCUCCAAAGGAAUUAUGGGAGCUACUCGUUGCCGAAGGGUCUGGCCAAGGUGAUGUCCCUCCUUCUAGAUUCAACAUUGAUAGGUUCUAUCAUCCCAAUGGGUCUGAAAGACCUGGCAGCCUUGACAAGCGAGGCGGAUACUUCCUCAAGGAGAACAUUCGCGAUUUUGAGAACAGUUUCUUCGGGAUUAACAACCUCGAGGCGACGUACAUGGACCCUCAGCAGCGGAAGUUGCUCGAAGUGAUGUACGAAGCUUUCGAAAGCGCUGGGGUACCUUUUGAGAAGGUAUCCGGGGCCAAUAUCGGUACCUAUGUCGGAAGUUUUGCCAUGGAUUUCUGGACAAUGCAGGCCCGGGAUUCCGAGUAUUUCCAUAGACUCAGCGCAACCGGAAUGGGAACGACCAUUCUCGCCAAUCGCAUCAGC